UCUGUCUGGUGCAGAAGCUGCAGAACGGCAGUCAGAACCACCUGGAGCAGCAGCCGCACAGAGCUGUUAUCAGAUCUCUCCAAGCUUUAACUCUACCUUCCUUUCUUGUUUUAUUUGUUUUCUUGCAUUUAAGUUCUUUCAAAUUGAAUUAAGGUUUAGAAUCCGUGUCCAUCCCCAAAAUGACUGGUGGCCCACUGACAGGGUUGCUGGUUGCUUUGUGCGUCAGCAGCGCAGUCCACUGCGCCCCGAAGAAGGAGAAAAGACAAACGGGUCAGUAUCAGGUGUAUCCCGACUUGCGUGACGCAGCUGCUCUUACUCCAGCCCGUUGUGAGGACAAUGGUCAAUCCUACAGGCUAAACCAACAGUGGGAGAAACCCUACCUUGGAAGUAUAUUGGUUUGCACCUGCAAAGAAGCAGCAGGCGUUGAGUGUAAAACAAAGCCAGAUGCACAAGAGACCUGUUAUGAUAAGGACAAUGCCCGGACAUACCGAGUUGGAGACAGCUACGAGAGACCAAAGGACGGGUUGAUGUGGGACUGCACCUGCAUUGGCUCUGGCAAAAUCAGCUGCACUAUUGCAUAUCGUUGCCAUGAUAGUGGGAGGUCUUAUAGAAUUGGAGAAACUUGGCAGAAGCCUCAUGAGAAUGGCGAAUAUAUGCUAGAGUGUGUUUGCCUUGGCAACAACAAGGGAGAAUGGACGUGCAAACCUGUUGCUGAAAGAUGCUACGAUGGCUAUGCUUCUUCAUCUUUCCUGGUCGGAGAGACCUGGGAGAGGCCAUACCAAGGCUGGAUGAUGCUGGACUGCACCUGCUUAGGAGAAGGAAAUGGACGUAUCAGCUGUACCUCAAGAAAUCGUUGCAACGACCCUAAGACCAAGAGGUCCUAUCGCAUUGGAGACACCUGGACAAAGACUGACAGCAGAGGAAACCCCAUGCAGUGCAUGUGUUUAGGAAACGGGAGGGGAGAAUCAAGUUGCCAAGCACAAAGUGUAGGCCGAGGCAGUGGUGAUGUUGUUACCCAGACUCUCCUGCAUCAUCAUGUACCAACCUCUGUGGGAAAUUGCCGCACAAACUCUGGUCACUCAUACCUGGAUGGACAUCGCUGGAUCACGACCCAGGGAAGCAAACAGAUGUUGUGUACAUGUCUGGGCAAUGGAGUCAGCUGUCAGGAGUGGGAGGUGAAGAAACAGGCAUAUGGCGGUAAUUCUAAUGGACAGCCAUGUGUCUUCCCGUUUGUCUUCAUGGGAAAGACGUACUACUCUUGCACGUCAGAUGGACGCUCUGAUGGGCAGCUGUGGUGUUCCACAACAUCAGAUUAUGAGAGAGAUGGGCAGUAUUCAUUCUGUACAGAACAAAUUGCUAUUGUAGUCACACAAGGUGGGAACUCCAAUGGUGCCCUCUGCCACUUUCCGUACCUGUACAGUGGUCGAAACUACACAGACUGCACCACAGAUGGUCGCCGAGAUGGAAUGAGGUGGUGCGGUACCACCUACAACUAUGAUGCGGACCAGCGUUUUGGAUUUUGCCCCAUGGCUGCCCAUGAGGAGGUAUGCACCACCAAUGAUGGAGUGAUGCACCGUGUUGGAGACAAGUGGGACAAACGCCAUGAUACCCUGGGUCACAUGUUGGAAUGCACUUGCCUCGGAAAUGGCCGCGGGGAGUGGAACUGCAUUCCCCAUUCACAGCUGCGAGAUAACUGCAUUGUUGAUGGCUUGACCUAUGAGGUCAACCAGCAGUUCUCUAAGCGCCAUGACGAGGGGCACAUGAUGAAUUGCACCUGCUUUGGACAGGGACGUGGUUACUGGAAGUGCGAUGCUAUAGAUCAGUGUAAGGAUCCACAAAGCAACACCAUCUAUCAGAUCGGAGAGCAGUGGGACAAAUUAAUCAGUGGCUACCACUACAGAUGCACUUGCUAUGGUAAUGGAAGAAGAGAAAUGGGUUGUGAACCUCUGCAGUCCUACCCAGGUGGUUCUAGACCCGUCCAGGUCCGUAUAACAGAAGCAGGGAACCAUCCAGACUCCCACCCCAUUCAGUGGAAUGUUCCAUCGUCUACGCACAUUGCUGGAUACAUCCUAAAAUGGAGACUUAAAAACAGUCAAAAACCUUGGAACGAGGUCAACAUUCCCGGCCACCUCACCUCCUACACCAUCAGUGGGCUGCGUCCAGGUGUGACCUACGAGGGUCAACUCAUCAGCAUUUUGCACUUUGGACAGCAAGAGGUCACACGCUUUGAUUUCACAACUGCCUCUGACUCCUUGCAGACAUGGGAAGGAGAGACCACCCAGCCUCCGCCGGUGGUGGACAUGUCUGAGUCAAUAACAGAGAUCACCUCCAACAGCUUUGUGGUAUCAUGGACCUCGGCUUCUUCUACCAUCUCUGGCUUCAAGUUAGAGUAUGAGCUCAUUGAGGACGGGGCUAAACCAAAGUACCUUGAUAUUCCCCGCACCACCACGUCUGUCACCCUCACCGAUCUUGAGCCUGGUCGUAGAUAUAACGUCAGUGUGUAUGAGGUGCCUGAAGGAAACAGAGAGCCAAACCUCAUCCUGACCACCUCACAGACCACUGCUCCUGAUGCCCCCACUCUGCAUCCUGUGAAUGACGUCACAGAAACUUCCAUCCGCAUCAGCUGGAGCAGACCCCAGGCUCCUAUUACUGGUUACCGUUUAGUUUACAUUCCAUCAGAGGAAGGCAGCAGCACCGAGCUCAUCCUCCCUGACUCAGAGACUUCAGUAACGCUGGAGGACCUCAGCCCUGGUGUCCUCUACAACAUCAGCAUCUAUGCUGUGGAGGAUAACCUGGAGAGUGAGCCUGUUUUUGUCCGGGUUAACACUGCCGGAUCUCCAAGACGAGAGAAGGUCCAAGCUCCGACUGACCUACAGUUCAGUGAGGUUGCAGACACCAGGAUCAGUCUCACUUGGGAAGGUCCGCCCACUGAGGUCACCGGUUACAGGGUGGUCUUCUCACCGAUGGGCCAGGAUGGCACUGAGCUGCAGCGCCUUCAGGUGCCGCUUUUCCCCAACGCAUACAUCGAAAUCAACCACCUGCAGCCCGGCACAUUGUAUCGCUUCUACGUGUAUGCCAUCAGAGGUGAUACUGAGAGCGAGCCUCUUGUGGGAGAAAAAUCGACCAAACCUGAUGCUCCCACAGAUUUACGUUUCACCGACAUUGGACACGAUAGCGCAUUGGUCAUCUGGGAGGCUCCCCGUGCCGUCGUUACUGGCUUUCGCCUCCUGCUGAGCAUCGAUGGUUCCAGCCCUGUUGAGAAGAGGAUCCCAGGAAGUGUCACGCAGUACCUUUUGAAGAAUCUGCGCCCGGACACACAAUACACAGCAGAGCUGUUCUCUGAGCAGAACGCUGUGCUCAGCGAGGGCAUCACUAAAUAUUUCACUACAGCUCCUAGAAUGGGAAAUGCUCCUCCUUUUAGCACAGAGGUCACAGACACCUCCAUCAUUAUCGCCUGGAUACCUGUCCGCAGAUUCAGCUACAAGCUUUCUGUUCUCCCGAGUGAGGAAGGCGAGUCUCCUAGAGAGGAGACCUCUGACUCUGGGCGUAUUGACAUCAGCGGUCUGAUCCCAGGAAAUCAGUACACCUACAGUGUUCAGCCCAUUUUCAAUGGACGUAACCGUGGAAACCCCAUCACCCGCAACGUUGUCACUACUUUGUCUCCUCCAACCGAUCUCAGAGUAGUGUCCAACCCAGACACAGGAGGUUUAACCGUCUACUGGGUAGCCUCCAGGAGACAAGGGAUCUCCGGCUACAGAGUGACAAGCACGCCCACCAGUGGACAAAGAGGGAACUUUUUAGAAGAGGUUGUCAGUCCAGACAAGAAUACCUGCCUUCUAGAAAACCUCAAUAUGGGUGUGGAGUACAACGUCAGUGUGUUCACAGUCAAGGGAGAAGUGGAGAGCGUACCGGCGUCCACCAUUGUUACCCCAGAAAACCCCACCCCAACUCAUAUUGACUUUGUGGACAUUACUGACACCACCAUUGGCCUCCGCUGGAUCCCUCUAAACAUUACCAACAUCGUAGCUUACCGAAUAAUGGUAGUAGCCUCAGGCGAGAGCUUGCCCAUCUUUGAAGAUAUGGUGGAGGCAUCUGCAGGUUAUUACACGAUUCAAGGUUUGGAGCCCGGCGUGGACUAUGACAUCAGUAUUAUCGCUGUUACAAAGAGGGGCGAGAGCAAGCCGACCACAUACACAAAGCAAACACAAGCUGCUGUGCCAGCUCCAACAAACUUACAGUUUGGAAGUGCGGGUCCCGACUACAUCCGUGUCACAUGGACCAUCCCCAACAUCGCCACUCCCAGUGAAAUAUCUCGCUUCGUAAUUCGCUACCACCCCGUGGACACUGACAAUGAUAUCAAGGAAGUUAAUGUUGGUGGUGCCACCAAUACCUACUUGUUGCAAAACCUGCAGCCCAACACAGAGUAUCGUGUCAUUGUUGUCUGCGUCUACGGUGAACGGGAAAGUGAACCUGCUACAGGGACUCAGAAAACAACUCUGGACUCGCCCACUGAUCUGCAGUUUACCAACAUUCGGACCAACUCCUUCACUGUUCACUGGCAGGCUCCAAAAUCCCCUAUCACUGGUUACAGAAUCCACUACCAAAAGACAAGCGGUGGACGAGCCAAGGAUGAGCGGCUCCCCCCAACCAGAAACCAUUUCACUCUUACCGGACUCGAACCUGAGGCCGAGUACAUGAUUUAUGUGUAUGCUGUCAGCGACAAUAAGGAGAGCCAGCCUCUGACUGGAACACAAGCUACCUUCUCAGAUGCACCUACAGACCUUCAGGUAACGUCUUCUACACCUACCAGCAUCACCAUCCGCUGGGAUGCCCCCUCUAUUGAAGUAAAGAACUACAGGAUCACCUACAGAGGCACAAGUGGUGAAUAUCCCCAAGAGAUUACAAUACCAGGCACCGAGACCCAUGCCACCAUCACUGGACUGCAGCCUGGCACCGAAUACACCAUCACAGUUUAUGCUGUUACUGGACGAGGGGACAGCCCCGCCUCCAACAGACCGGUCUACAUAACACACAAGACUGAUACUGAGGCCCCCAACAAUAUGAGGAUCACAGAUGUAACCGACAAUGGCAUUAAAGUGCGCUGGUCUCCCGCUCAGGGCUCAGUCAGAGGCUACAGGGUCACUGUUGUCCCUAAGAAUGGUUUUGGACCUUCCUACUCUGAAGUAGUGGCUCCCCAAACAACAGAAAAGACAUUCAAUGGUCUCAACCCCACUGUUGAGUAUGUCGUUAGUGUUUAUGCCUUGGGCAGUGAUGGACAACCCUCUCCCCCUGUGGUGGAGAAUACUAGGACUGCUGUGGACGGUCCCAAGGGUCUAACAUUCUCUGACAUCAGCGACAACACUAUGCGCAUCACAUGGGAAAGCCCUGGUGGCACGGUAACAUCUUACCGCGUCCUGUACUCCAGUUCAGAGGAGGGUGAGAGAGAACUGCGUCCCGCCCCCAGAGCUGACCAGGACAGCGCUGUACUGAGAGGUCUACGUCCAGGGACUGAGUACACCAUAAAAGUCAUCGCUUUUAAUGGCCGGACUCCCAGCACACCGUUAAUGGGAACCCAAGAGACAGCAAUCCCCACACCAACCAACAUGGAGGUCUCAGAGGUGGGCCCAUCUUUCUUCACGGUUUCAUGGCAGGCUCCAAAUGCUGGCUUGACCGGCUAUCGAGUGGUCAUCCGUCCCAAGAACAUUAACACCCCCCAAAAAGAAAUGACCCUGAACCCAGAUACCACCCGUGUAGUUGUACCAGGGCUUAUGGUUGCAACGACCUAUCAGAUACAAGUCUAUGCCUUGAAGAACGCUGUCACAAGCAGACCAUUAGAAGGAGAAGCAACCACACUGGAAGAGGUUAGUGCUCCUCGCCGUGUACGCAUCUCUGAUGUGACAGAUACCUCUUUCACUCUGACGUGGCGCACGAAGAUGGAGACAAUCACUGGCUUCCUCCUUGAAGCUACGCCCAUGAGUGGUUCUCGUGACACCAUCACAAGGACCAUCCCUGGAGACAGAACCAGCUACACUUUUACUGGUCUGCAGCCAGGAACUACUUACUUCAUCAACAUGUACGCACUGAAUGGAAACACAAGAAGCCCUAAGUAUUCUCUCAGGGCCGAAACAGCUAUGCCUGCAGUUCAGGCUCCCACCGACCUCCAGUUUACAUCUUUAACCCCCAACACCAUCUCCUUCACCUGGCAGCCACCUCCCACACAAAUCACAGGUUACUACGUCACCUACGAAGAGAAUGGAAGAGCCCCAAAGGAGCUCAUCCCACAACCUCAUGCUGGCCAAAAUUACGCCACCAUAGUUGGUCUGAGGCCAGCCACAGAGUACAUCAUCAAGAUCAUCGCCAUGCAAAACACGCAGCAAAGCCAACCUUUAGUGGGAAGGAUUAGGACUCAGCCAGACUCGCUGCUUCCCCAGCCUCUGCCGCAGCCCUACGGCCCCGGGGUUCUUGGCAAUCUGGAUGUGCCUGAAAUUGAUGACAACAGAGUCCAUUUGACAGGACCCGACCAGGAUGUGGUUGGGGGUCAAAGCCAGCAUAUUGAGUACACAGAGUUUAAUAAUGGAGGCAACCCACAGUCUCCCAAUGAGCAAUACCGUGAGCCCCUGGUCUUUGUCCCCCUCCCUGAUGCAGAGGGCCGUAGAAAGCCUGUUCUGAAACUCACAUUUCCAAUCGGAGCCUCGCUUUUUAACAAGACAGGGUUCCCUGAGGAAGCCCAGACUGAAACCAGCAUCUCCUGGAAGCCUUACAGGCAGAGCAAUGCCUACCUGCUGUCCUGUAAUCCCCUCACCAAUAGAAAUGAGAUGUUCCAGGUCCGGCUGCCAGGCACAGCCACCACUGCCACCCUGAUAGGACUCACCCCAGGAGAAGACUACAAUGUAUUGGUGGAGGCACUGCUAGGAGCACUCAAGCAUAAGGUCCUGGAGCAGGUCAUCACCCCCGGCAACAAAGUAUCAACUGGGGUUCCAAGUACCAGAGAAGACCCAUGUUACGACUCCUUCACCGCCACCUACCAUGACAUUGGUGGUGAAUGGGAGCGCAUGUCAGAGACUGGAUUCAAGCUGUGGUGCAGGUGCCUGGGUGGCGGCCACUUCAGAUGUGAUUCCUCCAAGUGGUGUCAUGACAACGGUGUCAACUACCGCAUUGGAGAACAGUGGGACCGUCAGUCUGAGAAUGGACAACUGAUGAGCUGCACCUGCCUGGGAAACAGCAAAGGAGAGUUCAAAUGUGAACCACAUUCAUCUAUGUGCUACGAUGAGGGCAAAUCUUACCAGGUGGGCAACCAGUGGCAGAGGGAAUACUUAGGUGCCAUUUGCACCUGUACUUGCUACGGGGGACAAAAGGGAUGGAGGUGUGAAAAUUGCCGCAAACCAGUUUCUGAUGUUGAUACCAGGUUGUUUCAGUCUGUUGGAUAUGGAGAAAACACACUCCGAAAAAACAUCCAUUGCCCCAUUGAGUGCCUCCGACCUGAGCUGCUAGCGGAUGGAAUUGCUCCUCAAAAUUCUCAGAAAUAACUGCUUGAUCGGUUGUCUCGUCCUACUUUCGCUCCCUCACCGCCUCGGUUCCUGCACUGUCUCACCUUGUAGAAGCCAUGCUUUUAGUGUGACUGCAUUAUCACUUUUUUUUUCUCCUCUGUUCUUAUAAUUUACAGCCCUGCAGUCUGGUCUAUCCAGAUCUCUUUUUCAAACCAGUCGGUUCACUGUUAAAAACACCCGAUUAAUGCAUCCUUUAAUAUACUAUGAUUAGACUCAACUGAAUGUUCCUUAAUACCAAAUACAGGCCAAAUGAAUAGGUUAUAGUGGCUACUUGUCUUUCUAUGAGAUUUUUUGAGUCAGUUCCUUAUAAAACGUCAGAAAAUAAGUACUGUGUCCAAGAACUCAAUUUAAUGCUUUUUGUUUUUUACCCAUGAACAUCUGGUUGUAGCCCUUCCUCUAAGGCCAUAAGGUUGCACUGUGAGAUUGACAAACGCUGAAAACGUCUAUUAAUCAAGAUUUAGGAAUGUUAAGACUAGUAUGUGAAUGUGAACUGUUCUAUUUUUGUACCUUUUCGUCAGAACCAAUGUUGUUUUUGCCUUUGACAAAAGAAUGACCUUAUUUUAAUAAAGCUGAAGAGAUUCUAAAUUGUGAA